CGUUAGCUACGAGGGAUGAAAGGCAGCAGCGUCCGCGAGGCUCGUGGCGCACGGGACUACCUCGCGGUUUCGUUUCUGGUCGACGACGUUGACGACGACGAAGAUAUCGGCGGCGGCGGCAACAACGACGACGACGACGACGACGACGACGACGACGACGACGACGACGACAUCGGGGAGUGAUGCUGCGCGACGAUCGAUGAUGCGCUCGUGACAGUACGUUUGAACGUAUCCGCGAGCUCGGGUGAUCCGCGAGUUCCCAGCGUGACAGCGGAAUCUGGAUAACGUUGGACACUGCACAAACGCUGACAACGACGGGCCCAGUGAGAACGCUCGUUCACGGUAGACUCACGACACUAGGAAGAUCGCGAUCCUGAGAGACGCAAUCGAUGCGAGACCGCGAUGUUGUGACUCGCGAUCCGCGGACCGAAGUGCACGCGAGUGAUAACACUGAGAGACGGUGACUUGAUAACCAGCCUGAUCGUUCAUCGCUGAAUCGGCAAUGAAAUCGUCGUGAUUCACGUCGGAUGCAUCAGGUAUGUUAGUCCUUUAUAAGAUAAUGGGAAAACGACGCGGGAAAAGAAAAAGAAAUGCGAACGAGGAGGUGGACAAUUUGUCUUAUAGCGACUAUGCAAGGAACAAUUUUUUUCGUAUUCGUAUUAUGAAUUGUUCGUUAACUCAUACCACGAUCUGCGGAAUUAACAUCGUGAGUACGAUUCUACUGGCCGACAGACAAUCAUCAGCGCGACUUUUACCGUGCGGCUUUGUGCGAUUUAUCGACGAUAAUUAUGAAAAAAAAUAAAAUAAUGAUUACGUGCAAAAUCUCAUCGGGGAUAAUAUUUACCCAGUAUCGAGGUAUCGGGGAUAAUAUUUAUCCAGUAUCGAGGUGUAUUAAUAACACAAUUUUAUUCGUGAAUUUUACAUGCCAGGCGAAACAGGAGUUUGCGUCGAGCGCAUGAAAUAUCACUUCCUCAUCAAUCUAAAACGAAAGCAUUAAUAAAGCUAGGCGCGGGAGCGGGUGAAGAAAGUCGUCCUUGACCGUCAUUAUUUACGGAGUAUAGAGUUUCGUGGCUAACAAGAUCUUCGUCAUCUUGAUCGUUCUACGGAAUAAGAAGAGCGCGGCGCGAGGGUAUAUUUUGUACACUCUUCUUCUUAUUAUUCAACGCAAACGCUUCAACGGUAGAUGGAAUUUCGUCGUGGGCGGCAAAAGUCAUCCUCGCGGGACGUGCGGAUCGUUGAAUAGAAUCUAAAGAGAGUAUCGAGACAAGAGUAUCGAUACUUUCCUCGUAUCCUUACAUCGCGCGACAAUGGAUUCGCCGAGCGUGCGUCCGUAAACACUCCCGCUGAAAAUCUUAAUUGUUUGUCCUCAAUUUGAGGCCCCAAGAGGCGAGACCGUUACAUGUGCACAGAAAUUGCCAGGUCAAACAGACAGAUACGUGUAUAUAUAUAUAUCCUUCUAUCUCGCUCCGUCGAAGUGCAAGGGUUAAGCCGGAAUAUUCGAUGUAAUCACCCUGCAGAGUAGUUAGUUCCGUGUGUUGGAUAUAACUCGGAGUUGCGUGCUCGCUUACGAGUGUAAUGUAGUGGGAGUACGCGCGACGUUGGUACACGGGGUCAAGGGCGGCGGUGUGCGGAAAAGGGUCGCCAACGGUGUGUGUGUGCACGGUGCUUCUCUUUGUCUGCUUUCAGACGGUGGCGGCGAGCCGGCCACGGGGAUGCCGAGGGGAUGCGAGGAUAACGCGACGGGAUGACGUCCUGCCCGCUCGUUCACUGACGCAAUCCCGCCCCGAUAACGCAGACGACUGGCAGGAUGCUGCCGCGCGCGCUGCCGUUCAUCGUCGUCUUCCUCGUGCAGCUACGUCAUCGUGUCAUCUGGGCUACCCUAGAGAGCACCGGGAUGUCCAAUAGAUUGGAGAACGUUACGCAGACAAUUUCGAGGAUACUCGACGGCUACGAUAUUCGAUUAAGGCCGAACUUCGGCGGUGAUCCAUUGUUGGUCGGAAUGGAUCUCACCAUCGCGAGUUUCGACGCGAUCUCAGAAGUUAAUAUGGAUUACACGAUAACGAUGUACUUGAAUCAAUAUUGGAAGGACGAGAGACUCGCCUUUUCACACGAGGACGAAGUUCUCACGCUGAGCGGCGACUUCGCGGAAAAGAUCUGGGUUCCGGACACGUUCUUCGCGAAUGACAAGAACAGCUUCCUGCACGACGUCACCGAGCGCAACAAACUCGUCAGGUUGGCUGGUGAUGGCUCGGUCACGUACGGCAUGAGAUUCACGACGACCCUGGCCUGCAUGAUGGACUUGCACUAUUAUCCUCUCGACUCGCAGAACUGCACCGUAGAGAUCGAGAGCUACGGGUACACGGUGCUCGAUGUAGUAAUGUACUGGAAGGAAACCCCCGUUCGCGGGGUAGAGGAGGCGGAAUUGCCGCAAUUCACGAUAAUCGGCUAUGAGACCAACGAUCGGAAGGAGAAGCUGGCGACCGGCAUCUACCAAAGGCUUUCGUUGAGCUUCAAGCUUCAGAGGAACAUCGGUUACUUCGUUUUUCAGACAUAUCUGCCAAGUAUACUGAUCGUGAUGCUCAGUUGGGUCAGUUUCUGGAUCAAUCAUGAAGCCACCAGCGCGAGAGUGGCUCUCGGAAUCACGACGGUGUUGACAAUGACAACAAUAUCAACGGGUGUUAGAAGCUCACUGCCACGGAUCAGUUACGUGAAAGCAAUCGACAUUUAUCUGGUAAUGUGCUUCGUUUUCGUGUUCGCGGCCCUGCUGGAAUAUGCGGCAGUCAAUUACACGUACUGGGGCGCCCGGGCAAAGAAGAAAACCAAAAAGAAGGAGACUGACGAGAGGAAAGUGCUUUCCUCCAAACCUGGCAGCAAAGCUAGCUCGCCUUUUCCCGGUUCUACGGACGCGGACAUCAUAGAGCUCCAGGAUCUCCGAAUGUCGCCGUUGCCGAGCAUCAGAAAUAGGUCGGGCCUGGUCAGCACUUCGUCAACGUCCGGGGUCGGAAGAGAUCACGAUCCAGCCAAGUUUCCACCGAGCUUUCGCAUCUCCAGGGCCGCUUAUAAUACGCACGCCCGAAACAGCGGUCUCAGAUACAGAGGCCCGAGACCACAUAAGCCAAAGGUGUUACAUGCCAUACGUAGAGGAGCUUCCGUGUUGCGCGUAUCGAUGCCGAAGAUCAAGGACGUGAAUGUGAUAGACAAGUACUCGCGAAUCAUCUUCCCGGUCAGCUUCAUGCUGUUCAACGCCGUGUACUGGGUCUUCUACUUUUUCUGAACGGACGUCAAUGUAUCAACGUUUCACUCGGCCUCGUUUGGGCCCCGAGGACCAAUCGAUUCGGGAGGAAUUCUCGCGUCCUCUCGCGUCUUCGAGCUACGAUACGCGUCAAACGGUGUAGUAUUUCUCGCGAGAACUAAAGUCCACUGAACAUAUUUAGCGGGUGAUGAAAGUACUGAAUCGAAAGCUGCCACGAAACACUUAACGAUAAAAAUUAAACGAACGCGUAUGGACAUGCAUGUGCGUAUGUAUGCGUGUGUAUAUGUAUUAUGUGCCAAACGACAAUGUUCACGAGGUUUUCGUUUAUUCGUGCGAUUUUUUUGGUAAUUAGAAAGUACAUAAUAUAGCAAUAAGCGACGCGAAAGAAUGACAAUAUGUUCCUAACGAAGUAUGAUAGCUUUGUCGCGGAAGAAAUGUCAAUAAACAGUAUUUGGAUGACAAUUCGUGACGAAAUCAAAAAGUUAUAAUGUAUACGAUGACAAAAAUGAUCUGAGUCAUCUCUUCUAUUUUAGAAAUAAAUAAGUUUCUAUGAUUCUUCUACGUAUAUUGAAAGAUACGCUUUAAAAAUCAAAAUUAAUCUUAAGUGUGUUGAAAAAUAUUCUCUCUCGUAGACAAUGUUAUUUAGCUUAAUUUUUCCGUAUCUAUGACUUAAAUUACUUUUAUUAUCGUCGAUUGAUUUACGUUAAAUAAUCUGGUUCGUAAUUCUGCAAAGUAAACGAAAAAAAUCGAUGUCGGAAGCGAGAAAUUAACAGAUCACAAGUUGCAAGUUUUAUCUGCCGUCUAUCGAGGUUUCAACAGCGCUGUUUAAUGAAACUCAAGAAAGAAAUAAAGUAUUCUUUCAAUAUAAAUAUUAUUGGCAUUGAAUUAACUGCGAUUGGUUUAUGCGCAUUUAUCAUUAAACAAGGUGUGCAUUCAUAAAAAUGACGAUUUGGAUAGUUACAUUGACGAUAUAUACAAAAUUGGAAAGAAUCUUUUUU